CAGCCGGAUUGUGUUCAUUGAGGGAAACCUUAUUUUUUAACUGUGCUAUGGAGUAGAAGCAGGAGGUUUGCAACCUAGUGACAGUCACAGAGCAGCACCUACCCCCUCCUCCUUUCCACACCUGCAAACUCUUUUGCUUGGGCUGAAUAUUUAGUGUAAUUACAUCUCAGCUUUGAGGGCUCCUGUGGCAAAUCCCCGGAUUAAAAGGUUCCUUGGCUGUGAAAAUACAUGAGAUAAAUCAUGAAGGCCACCAUCAUCUUCCUCCUGCUUGCACAAGUUUCCUGGGCUGGGCCAUUCCAACAGAGAGGCUUAUUUGACUUUAUGCUAGAAGAUGAGGCUUCUGGGAUAGGCCCGGAAGAGGGCGCUCCUGUGGAGUCUGACCUAGAGCCUCUGGGACCUGUGUGUCCCUUCCGCUGUCAGUGUCACCUGCGAGUUGUCCAGUGUUCUGAUCUGGGUCUGGAAAAAGUGCCAAAAGAUCUUCCCCCUGACACUACGCUGCUUGACUUGCAAAACAACAAAAUAACCGAAAUCAAAGAUGGAGACUUCAAGAACCUGAAGAACCUUCAUACAUUGAUUCUUGUCAACAACAAAAUUAGCAAAAUCAGCCCUGGAGCAUUCACACCUUUGUUGAAAUUGGAACGACUUUAUCUAUCCAAGAAUCAUCUGAAGGAAUUGCCAGAAAAAAUGCCCAAAACUCUUCAGGAGCUGCGUGCCCAUGAGAAUGAGAUCACCAAAGUGCGGAAAGCUGUGUUCAAUGGACUGAACCAGAUGAUCGUCAUAGAACUGGGCACCAACCCACUGAAGAGCUCGGGAAUUGAAAAUGGAGCCUUCCAGGGAAUGAAGAAGCUGUCCUAUAUCCGCAUUGCUGACACCAAUAUAACCACCAUCCCUCAAGGUCUUCCUCCUUCCCUUACUGAAUUACAUCUGGAAGGCAACAAAAUCACCAAAGUUGAUGCAUCCAGCCUGAAAGGACUGAAUAAUCUGGCUAAGUUGGGGCUGAGUUUUAACAGCAUUUCUGCCAUUGACAAUGGCACGCUAGCCAACACUCCUCAUCUGAGGGAGCUUCACCUGGACAACAAUAAGUUGAUCAAAGUACCUGGUGGGCUUGCGGAACAUAAGUACAUCCAGGUUGUCUACCUUCAUAACAACAAUAUCUCUGCAGUUGGGUCUAACGACUUCUGCCCACCUGGAUACAACACCAAAAAGGCCUCUUAUUCAGGUGUGAGCCUUUUCAGCAACCCAGUCCAGUACUGGGAGAUCCAGCCAUCCACCUUCCGAUGUGUCUAUGUGCGUUCUGCCAUCCAGCUUGGAAAUUAUAAAUAAUUCCCAAGAAAGCCCUCAUUUUUAUAACCUGGCAGAAAUCCCAUUAAUAUCAUUGCUCAAAAAAGAAAAAAAAAAGAAAGCUAGAUACUGGAAACUUAACUGCAAUGUGGAUCUUUUUCCCACAUGAUUUAUAAUACAUAAAGCUGAAUAUGCAGUUGAAAUAAUUGCCUACAAUAAAAAAAUAUUUUGCCUGCCA